AUGAGGUUUAGACUAGUACUUCUUAGCCUCGCUUUCGUAUGCCCUUCCCUAGGUAGCGUCAUAUUCCAGAACGGGCAACCAGAGGGCGUUGAGCCAGAAACCAAUGACGUUCAAUUUGAGCACUUCUCACAUACAGCUUUACCUAAUUCUAAGCUCCGAGUCAAGUCACCUAGUAAAUUGUGCGACCCAAGUGUUAAACAGUAUAGCGGGUAUCUUGAUAUCUCCGAAGAUAAACAUGUGUUCUUUUGGUUUUUUGAAGCCAGGAAUAACCCUGGCUCGGCACCGGUCGCAAUAUGGCUCAACGGUGGUCCCGGAUGUUCCAGCAGCACCGGUCUGUUUCUUGAGCUCGGCCCUUGCACGGUUAGUGAAGGCGGAAGAAACACUACUAUUAACCCGUGGUCGUGGAAUACGAAUGUAAACAUGCUCUUCAUUGAUCAACCUGCUGGUGUGGGGUAUUCAUAUAACACUGGUUCGACAAUGACCAACUCGCUCGAAGCGGCAAAGGAUAUGUGGGUAUUUCUGCAACUAUUUUACCGGCGUUUUGGCGAAUAUGCGGGCGAGCUGCACGUCGCAGGCGAGUCCUAUGCAGGGAUAUAUAUCCCAUAUAUUGCCCAUAAAAUAUGGGAAAACAACAAACAAGUUGAUAAAUUUAACGGGGAUUGGCUGAAAAUCAAUCUGACUAGCAUCAUGAUCGGAGGUGGCCUUACCCACCCCUGGUAUCAGUUUGGAGCUACGUACGACUGGUGGUGCGGGGGCGGGAAGUGGCAGGUCUGGAAGAAAAACAGUACUGAAUGUAAGAAACUGAAGAAGCACGAGGUCACAUGUCUACGCAUGAUCGAGUACUGUGACAAGGUUGACACUGAUCUUGUAUGCGGAGCUACAGCUCAGUUCUGUCUUGAGGAAAUGACUGACAUGAUUAAUCAAUCUGGACUAAAUCUUCUUGAUGCAAGGUCAAAUUGUGAUGCUAGGAACGGAAGUUUUGCUUGUUAUCCAGAGGUUGGAUGGAUGUCCAAGUAUCUCAACUACCCGGAUGUUAAGAGUGAAUUGGGAAUCGCAUCGCACAUCGAGUUCAAACCAUGCACCAGUGUAAUCAACCAAGCAUUUAUUCAUUCUGGGGAUGCUAUUCGAAAUGCGGCUGCAUUGCUCCCCGAAAUGAUCGAAGGAGGUGUGAGGAUGUUAAACUAUGCUGGGGAUGCUGCUGUUACUUUAGAUCUUCUUUCUGCAUUAUCGGGAAUGAUACUUUGGCUCGAGAACCUGAACACCACCUUCCAGCAAAGUUUUGUAAACUCCUUUCGCGAGAACUCUCAAUCGGGGGAUCGUAUAGCUGGGCACAUUCGAACCACGAGCAGCGGUAAUGAUUCAGGCCGGAUUGCGCUUAUGGAGAUUCACGAGGCUGGCCACCUGGCCCCACAUGAUCAACCGCAAGCAACCCUGGACAUGUUCAAUCGGCCUGCUUCGAUCUCAUCAAGGGCAUAUACCCCUAGUCCAAUAUCUCCCGGUCCAGGUGCAUUGGCUAGUAAUGGGAAUGUGAAGAUUACAUAUACACUAGCUCACUCCAUUCAAUCCUCCCCUCAUUUUGCUGUCUUACUGGAAUCUCUAAGGUCCCGUGUUCAGCCUUUGAGGAACUUGCACUGGAAGCCUAGUGCUGGAACUCUACCUAACUCAUCAAUACGAACCAUCCAAUCAGUCGAUGCGGAGCUUAUCCCCUUGGAUUUGGGCAUAUCGAGUGCCCGUUUGAGCGCUGUUGAUGGAUUCGGCGGGGAUGGGAUGACAAGAAGCCAGAUACCUGUAACUGUUCUCGCAAAACCAUUUAUCAAUCUAUGGCUAGGGAUGUGCGAGGAUGCAGACACCUAUAAAAAUGUAGUACGCCGACAACUCAAAGAUUGGGUUGCGUCUGUUACCACUCAAUCAAAACGAGAUCAAGAGUGGCUAAUAGUCCUUGUCAAUAUUUCAUCACCGGGCCAAGAUGCAACUGGAUCCGCAGGAAAACGAUUAUUCCAAAUGAAAGGAAGUAUUAUAGAUCGUAUGAGGGCGGAUUUUACACUAGCUAAAAGAGAUAGAUGUGUGCAGCUCAACUAUGUGACAGGAGGGCAAGACGAUCCUGCUGCAUGGACGGAAUUAAUAGCUAAGAUUAAAGAUGCCAUUAUUACAACACUGGAUAGUCGAAUCGCCGACCGGAUUGACGACGUUAGGCGGACUGAAGCACAGCGUGCUGUUCCUGGGUGGAAUUUUUGCACGUUUUUUGUAUUAAAGGAAAGUAUAGCCGAAUCUUUUGAAGGCAUGACGUUACUCGACGCGGCAUUGCUCCAAUAUUCCGAACUCGAGGCGUCUUUUUAUCAGGUACUCAAAGAGAAAAAUCUCUCAUGGUUCGGAAAGCUGGGAGGAACAGCGCCAGGGGACGAUGCUGCCCCACUGCUUUCAGUGACCAAAAAACCAUAUCGCGACCUGAUAAUGUCGAACAAUAUUAGUGUAUUCGACUUCAGGUGUUACCUUGUUGCACGGCAGUGCCUUUUGUUAGCUAAAAUGGGCGCCAUUGCGCACGUGGCUAAUAAAGCUUCGGGAUUCAUUAUCGAUGAGUGUGAUGCUUGGAUGGAGAGCGCCAAUGGCCAGGAGUCUCCGAUGGAUACAAGAGGAAUUAGUUAUAGUGCUGCCAAGUGCGAAUUAUUGGAGCUUUCCAGGGUCCAAUUAGAUAAAAUAGGUAUACGAGCCGGACAUUUGCCUCGAACGGCUCCAUUUUCUGCUUCUCUCCCUGAACAAGAAGUAAAGAGUCGACCAAGUUCCGCAACAUACGAUCCUUUUACGUCAGCGCCAGAGUCGAAGAACGAAGAACAUUAUCGAAUGUCCCGGCUCGGCGUCACGAAUGCGUACCUCCUGGAGGCGAUCGACAAUAUUACGGUGUUCGAUGAUCUCUAUAAAAACUUAGUAGUGCGUAUCAUCGAUACAUGUCAAUCAUCAGGGAGAGUAAGGACAGCUGCACAAUUACGGGGCAUUCUUGCUGCACUUUACCUACACCGAGGCGAUAUUCCCAGCGCCCAGUCCAUAUAUGCCAAGCUCCCAGCUAACUAUGCGAAUCAACACUGGAACUUACUGGAAGGAUAUAUGCGGUUUCUACAUCUCGAAACCAGCAAAUCUCUUGAGAAUACGUCUCCAGAAGACUUUGCGAAUCGGGCAAUUGCGCUCCUCAAGGUGGAUCUCCUGUCAUCGCAACAGACACAGCAUAGCGCAUAUUCGGAGCGUAUCCAGCAAACAUUACAAAGUGCACUUCAUGCAUCGAGUAACCUUGGUUCACCUCUUCGCAUUCAGGAUUUUUCACCAGUAGACCUGAGGCUUGCCAGUGACAUUGCUCGGCUGGACAAUUCAAAAGAUGGCUCAUUCUUGGAUUUUAUUGCAAGCAGCAAAUUUCCCGAAGCUGUCGAAGUGAAACACAUCAAGGUUACCUUCAAAGGGAAGGACGGUGUCAGUGUUGCUUUUGAGGAAACUCUCACUGAAUUCCCUCCUGGAAAUUCGUCUCUGUCCUUGUUCUGUCCAGACCCGAUUGUUGGGCUGCUCGUCGUAUCUGAAUUGGAGUAUCAGAUCUCGGGGCUACUAUUUCAAGUCACCCCCCCAGAGUCACGAAAUCCUGUCUCUUCCACGAAAGUAAAUUUAUCUGAAGUCCGGGUGAACGUUCGUAUUCCUGAGGACAACAAAGCGACUCAAGUUAUGAUGCAGAUGCCUCGCCAUGUAAUUUUAGGAGAUCAGAGGGUAUUGUUCAAGAUUUUCACAGGAAGGAAUGAUCUUCGAUCAGGAACAAUGACUGUUACCUCCUCAAGUAGUCAAAUCAAGUACAAUCUCGCUUCAACCAAAGUGCUCAGUGAGCCUUGCGGAUCGAUUGGGUGUACGAAUGAGGGCAUAUCAGUGGAGGACCUCCCUACGGACUACGAACUUAUCCUUUCCGUACCAUUCUCUGGUUCUCCCAGAAAUGACGAGCUAGAGGGAACACUCAAUUUUGUCUACACGACCGUAGCACAGCCUGAGGUCAAACGCAUGAUAAAACGUGCAUGUAAAUCUUACGUUGGGCUACCAUUGAUUGUGAAUAUCAAUGACAAGUUCCGAGACCAACGUUUAUUCACUAAUAUCGUGGUUCACUCGGCCAAUCAAGAACUGAUACGUAUAGCUAAAGCUACGCUGGUGAACAAUUCCGACUCAAAGCUUUCUGUAAAACAAUGUGCAAGAUCCCCUGUUGUGGUGCUGGUUAGGCCAUCAAGGCCAGUACCUUGGCUGUUCCAAAUUCAAUCAGGCACUACCAACGAGCGGCCUAUGGGCGAGACUUUGAAGUUGAAGAUUACCUAUCGCUCACUGCACGAAGAUCUAGACACAAUUCUCGGGGCCACAGCAAUAUACAAUGGUACACUGAAUCCACGAAAACAAGAAGAGUCGAGAGAUUUGUCCAGAAACGCUUUACUGAACGAUAGUCGGUGGAUUGAUAUGCUGGAGCUAUUUUGUCAGUCCCCUAAAAUUGAGGCUGAGACGUGGGCGAAGCAACUUGUUGGUCACGCACCUAUCACACUGGAUUUUGAUACCGUUCUCAACGCAAUUAAGGAAAUGCGAGAAACAGAUGCAAACUCUCAGACGGAGACCUUGGAUGAACGGUCGAAAUGGCGGACAGUAACUAUGCCCUUUGACGUACCCCUCAUGACUAUUGUCAACCGCGUCAAAGUUGUCCCACGACUUCCUCCCAGUACUACCAUGUAUGCUGGUCAACCUCUAGACAUUACCGUAUCAAUUGAAGCAUCUUUCCAUUGGGCGGGUUCAUCAGAAGAUGCAGAGACAAAAUACAUGAUGCGCUACGAUGUGCUAUCCGAUAUGGACUCUGGUUGGCUUGUCAAUGGACCCAAGCGUGGUGAAUAUAUCGCUCAGGACAAGAGUAUAUUUACGUUGAAUUUGACAUUACUUCCUCUCCGGCAUGGUAUUUUGUCGCUUCCGAUUAUCAAUGCGGAACCUGGGAGCGACUCAGGCGGUCCCCGCCCUUCGUGCGAGACUUGGCAAUCCGAUGGGGCUCAGAAAAUUACCGUACUGCCUCGCAAUUCGAGAUCAACCUAUACUAUCGCAAUGCCAAUCCCUGUUGUGUAA